AUGUCUCGUCAGCUGCUGCGUGGUAACGCCUUCCCUUUGCUCCAGGUGGUGCUGGUGCUGCUGUUCUUCUUGACGUGCACCGUGGUGGCGGCGGAGCAGACGGAGGGGGACUUUAAGCGCAUGAAAAUCAAAGACCUUCGCACCUUCCUGGAGGAUCGCGGCCUCAGCUGCCCUGGCUGCCAGGAGAAGGCGGACUUCGUGCGCGUUGCGUUUCAGAACCGUGACAAGAAGCCUCUCAGUGACCAAGGAAAGCGUGAGGUGCCCAACGCACCCUUCUGGGACGUGUGGAGGGACAACGCUAAGAAUAUUUGCGUAGAGGCAGCUGUAAAGCGAGGCCUUGAUGCAUCGGCGAAGCCGCAGUCUGAUAUUUGCGAAACGCUCGCCUAUGUGACGGAGAGUUUCUUCAUGCAGCACGGGAAACGCACCGCGACCAAGCUGCGCAAAAAGCCCGAAGCUCUCUUGAAGACUUCCUACAAGGGCGUGUACUACGACGCUGGCAAACUGCUGCUGGAGCGGAUGGCAGACUACUGCCUGGUCUCGGCGGCUAACCGCGAGACGUGUAGCUCAGUCGGCAGCUUGAUGUCCGUCAUGGAGGGCUCCAAGGUCGCGGAUCUUACAAAGUGGAUGACAAACGUUGGCAUCGAGAACACUAACCCGAUGUACGAGAUGCUUGAACAACGCGACGACUUGUGA